AUGGAGUUGUGCUCCGAUAGUCUGAAGAAUACUCUUCAAAACAAACCACAAAUAUUUGGUCGACAACCGGGAGAACCCAUGAAUUCAAUCGAGUUUUACAUUUCGUGUCAUAUAUUCAAAGAGAUCUUAGAANCAAUCGAGUUUUACAUUUCGUGUCAUAUAUUCAAAGAGAUCUUAGAAUGCGUUCAAUAUUUACAUGAAUUGAAUCCUCCGGUCAUUCAUAGAGACCUUAAACCCGAUAAUAUAUUAGUGGCGAAGACUGUAAGGAACGGCAGGUUUUUAAAAUUAUGUGACUUUGGUUUGGCUACUGUUAACAAACACAAGUCCGUUGUCGGAGAUGCGGAUUAUUGUGCGCCGGAAGUGGAGUGGAAUGACUACACGUAUAACCAUAUGAUAGAUGUCUACAAAAAAGAUGUUAUUGGUUAUAAUAUGGUUCACAAAACGUAUUCAUCAGAUAAUGAAAUACUAAACAAAUGUAUCGUUGAAUUGAAACGAGUAUUGGUUUCUAUGUCUGUGAGGGAUGACCCAAAUGCGAGACCCGAGUGUUCGCAAAUUAUUUAUCGUAAAAUUAGUGAGAAGGAAGUGAUUGGCUAUAAGAAGAUGGGCAGGGGAAGGGAAGGCAGAAAAGGGAGGAAAGAAAGGGAGGAACGGGAGGAUAGGGAGGAUAAGGAGGAUAGGGAGGGAGAGAGAGGGGGACGGGUGGGGAGGGAUUCUAUGGGCAUGUCCAAACGUGACGUCACUUUCGUCAUUAAUGACGGGGGGGUGGGGAUCGGGAGGUGGUCCAAAGUGAUCUUAUAA